CACAUUACAAGGUGAACGUUCUUGGGUGGAUCAGUGUAGUUAGUCAGUCUCACCCUGGAUCAAACACGCUCCAUGACUAAUAUUUUACUGAGUUCAAUACAGCUUCGUAUGCUAUAAAGUACAACAUGGUUUCUAAGCUGGACGUGGGAUAUGCGUGGAUUGUCGCCAUAGCAAGUUGGGUAGCGACUGUGAUAAUAUUUAUGGUAACAUCAAAUGGAAUAUAUUUUCCUUAUAUGAUUGACUACUACGAAGAAAGCUCCACAAAGGUUGCAAUGGCACUUACACUAAUUCGUUCACUUAAAUAUUCUUGCGGUGUGUUUGCAGCAAUUAUGGCCAAAGCAUUCGGCUGCCGAGUUGUAAUGAUUUCUGGAAGUUUUAUGAUGAUGUGUGGCUGUCUUUUAAUGACAUACUCAACGAGUAUAUUUGAAGUUUUCUUGGCUUGCAGUCUUUUUGGUUUUGGAAUAUGUUUGGAUCAUUAUACAACUUUCUUUAUCAUAGACGUUUAUUUUAAAAAGCAUUUCACAUUAGUGAUGUCAAUAAAAGUAGGAGUAACUGGAAUAGGGCAUAUGAUGGCACCGUAUAUCAACCAGAUGCUAGUUACUAAGUUUGGAUGGUAACAUUCGUAUCUUCUUCUUUCGGCGCUUAUAUACCACCUAGUUUUGUGCGGAGUGAUAUUCAGACCACCAAGAGGAAGUUCUGAUGAAAACCUUGAAGAACUUUCUCUUUUGGAAGUGGAGCACGAACAUAAUUGUCUCGAGCUUGAAAUACAAAAUAGAAUAACUCCAACAGAUGAAAACAAGCGUCUUAAUUGGUUGCAGUAUAUUUACGAAAUAUGUCAUUUGCGUUUGUUUAAGAAACAAUCUUUUGUCAUUCUUGUUGUCGUUGCAUUAAUACAAGGAGCAACUGAGGAAGGAGUUGAAGUUAUUAUGCCGGAUGACAUGCUAGAGCGAGGCGCUAGUCUACAUAGCAGCCAGUUAAUUUUGACAGCUUACGGAGCAAGUAGUAUUUUCGGAAGACCUUUUCAGUAUAUUGUCAGCAAAUUCGUUUUAAACGAUUUGCUUAUCCAACUAGAACUCACUUAUUUCUUUUCAUUUCUGUCCUUAGUAAUUUGCAAUACAACAAAAACUGCUAACGUUGUUUAUGUGGCGAUGGUUUUUUUU